CAUCCAUUGCAUCCUCGUCUCGUCUUGUCUCGUCUCAAUGGAAAUCGUUCAGCAAGAACUGCGUGUGGUUUUACCAGGCGAUGUCAUUUCAAUUGACCUUGAGAACAUUGAGAAUCAUGGCACCGUAGUCUUGGGUCCCGGUCUUCGACAGGACGGCGAAAGUAUCGUGGCAACGAAACAAGGCAUUCUCAAGCACAUUCCUGUCAGUAAUCGAUGGUGGAUCGAAUCCAAUCAAAAACGCUAUGUUGCAGCGACGGGUGAAUCCGUCUUGGGCAUUGUCACCGCUCGAUUGGCCGAAUAUUACCGUGUGGAUAUUGGAACGGCUCAUACUGCGGUUUUACCCGUGCUUGCCUUUGAAGGCGCUACAAAACGUAAUAAACCGAACCUGUUACCACGUACCCUUGUUUACUGUCGCGUCACCAUGGCCAACCGAGACAUGGAAGCAGAACUGGAUUGCGUCAAUCCAACCACAGGCAAAGCAGACGGAUUUGGUCCAUUGAAAGACGGUUACAUGUUCAAAUGUUCCUUGGGUCUUUGUAGACGGUUACUGAACCCGAGCACUCCGAUAUUAGCUAUUUUGGGGAAUCACUUCCCUUUUGAAAUUGCUGUAGGCAUGAAUGGCCGUGUGUGGAUUAACUCAAAUACUUUUCAAGAUACCAUUCUUAUUGCAAAUGCUAUCCAGAACUCCGAAUACCUCAGUUCGGAAGAGUGCAAGACCAUGGUAGAGGAGCUCAUCAACGCCAGAACGUAGUGAUUUGUAAAUAUAUCUUUUGUCCACGCCCACAUACAAUAUAAAACCAUUUUCUUCAUCCAUGCCCCACUUCGUGAUUGACUCGCGCUCGCUAUUUUCCCAUGCAAUGAAGCAGAAUAAGACCAAAAAAAAG